AUGCUUAUUCGAGACCCAAAAAGGCGAUUAAUUGCAAAUGAAGUUUUAUGCCAUCGUUGGGUUCAAGUUGAUGGUGUGGCUCCAGACAAGCCUAUUGACUCUGUAGUUCUAAGUCGGGCAGAUGUGGAUAAUAGUGGAACAACUGAUUACAGAGAAUUUGUUGCUGCAACAUUGCAUAUCAACAAAAUUGAGAAAGAAAAUCAUUUAUUUGCAGUCUUUUCUUACUAUAAUAAAGAUGGAAAUGGUUACAUUAGUGCCGAUGAGCUUCAACAUGCUUGUGAGGAGUUUGGCAUAGAUGCUCACCCUGAAGAGUUGAUUCAAGAUGUUGACCAAGACAAUAUUGAUGAUGAAUAUGUGUUUGUUGAUAACACUCAAGUUGAAGGAACAAGUCAAGCAACAAAGCCGAAGAAAAUGAAAUAUGUCCAAAGGGCGGCUUGUUGGGUCGAUUAUGAUGUAAUUCAUAUUGACAAAGUUAGAUAUAGCAAAUGCAAAAACUGUGGAACUUUGCUCGAAACUGAAUCCGGCAGAAACGAUAUUUUGGGACUGCAAAUCUCUACUGUGGCGUUAGAAGCGGCGUUUAGUAUAAGCAGACGGAUAUUAGAUCAAUAUCGAACAAAUUUAUCUGCAAAUAUAGCAGAGGUUUUGGUUUGCACCCACGAUUGGGUAAGGAAAUCAAGAAAGCCAAUUGUGGACAACAUUGAUGACAUUUUGAAAGACGAUGAGGUCGCGAAAUAUUUAGAAGAGGCGAUAAACAAUAGAGAUGGAAAUGGAAAACAACCAAUUAAUAUUCCCAAAUAGUUAAUUCGUGUUUGGAAAAUGUUAUUUUG